AGCUGGCUCAUGUGACAGCUAUUGGGAAACCUCUCCCACAUGUGACAGAACUGUUUUCAUGCUAGUCAAGGAACUUAAGAUAUUGCUCCUGUGCGGGGCAAUUUGCUGGGCAUGGGACGAGCCGUUGGACACCUUCGACACCUUCCUGGAAGAUGCGUUGUUGGGUGACCUCACUGCUGAAGACCAUGCAAAUGAAGGGAAUUCAUUGAACCUCCUCCAGGCAACAGCCAAGCUACACCAUCGAGGGCCCGAAAAUGACAUCCCUCAACUAAGUGGCGGUGGAUCUUUGGCAGCCGCCAUUGAUGGAUCUUUGGAAUCCUCAGAGGUGCCUUCUAUGUCUUUUGUCCAAGCAUUUGCAGAACAUAGACCGGCUUCGCAUCACAGACCGGAUGGCGUUCAGCGACCUUCAAGCGGAAAGGCCAUGCUGAAAGCGAAGGGAGAGCUGUGAGCAGCUUGAGCGUUGCAUGAUGCAAAUACACAAGCAGAAAGGCCGUCUAAGUGCAGUGUCAGUGUCUACUUCUUGAAAUCCUUGUAUGCAGAAGACUGAACCGCAGAGUGUGAGUUCUUUGCGGCAUGGCUCCCUUCUGCAAUGCGGGCUCAGAGGCUUGCUCGGGUCUGGGGAGGACCUAUUUUGCAAGCCUGCAGGUUGCCAAAGCCAUAGCAGAUGCCUUUGACUGCUGCGUAGAGCGCGCAAAACGCUUGCUACUUGUAUGUCUCCCGAGGAUAUGACUAAAGCUGCAACCCACCCAAGGACACUUGUGUUCGUUUCUCCAUUCAAGGACAUUUGUGCUCGGAAGUUCGUUGGUCGGCUAAAGCUUGGGAAGGCUACAGUAAGAAAGCAUCCAAAGGUCCAACACAGGGACUGGAGAGGACAGCCUUCACGAUCGCUUUGCUCGAAGGUGCGGCGGGUGGCAACACCUGCGCGAUAUUCAGACUGGCGAGUGGACUGCAGACCAGACGCAGCGGGACUGGACCCUGAGGCCAUGAAAGAAGCCGAUGCGUUGUUGCACCACAAAGUGGUCAGUGGCGAGAUUCCUGGCGUGAUCAGCAUGGUGUUCAGGCAUGGUGUUUUGGGACACUUGGAUUGCUUUGGUUUUGCCGAUGUGGAGAGACAGGUGGCGAUGCGGCCCGACACUAUCGUCCGGCUGUAUUCGAUGACCAAAUGCAUCGUGUCCGUGACCUUGGGCACCUGUUUGGAGGAAGGGCUGCUUGACCUUGACGAUGAGGUGUCCAAGUACAUUCCUGCUUUUGCUGCACUUAAAGUCUCAACAGAGGAAGGACUGGUUGCUGCACAGCGGCCUUUGACAGUCCUGCACUUGUUGACACAUACAUCUGGGAUCGGCUAUGGGCCAAUGCUGGGUGAGGAACCAGGAUGUGAGGGCGAGGAGCGCUACAAAGAGUUGAUCCUGCGUGCUGGCCUGGGAAGAAAGUGCAAGAGUUCCGAAGCGGUGUGCACACUUGAAAACUGGUGCGAUGAGCUGGCUAAAAUCCCUUUGCAACAUGAACCUGGCACGCAGUGGCUGUAUGGCUAUGGUCAUGAUGUGGUUGGACGCAUCAUCGAGGUAGUUACCGGAAAGAGACUUGACAUUGUCAUCCGGGACAGGGUCACGGCGCCUUUGAACAUGGUCGACACGGGCUUUGAGAUACCGGCAGCAAAGUGGAGUCGCGCCGCCGGAAUGUAUCGACUUCACACCGAAGAAUCAGAAGGGUGCGUCGCCCCAAAAAAAUUGGUGCGUAUCGACGCCCCGACCGUUGGAUCCAACGAGUGGAUCUCCGGCAACACAAGCCCCAUCUUUGCAGGUGGCGGCAGCGUUGAUGCGAUGACAGGAGGUAUGGUGAGCACCGCCAAGGACUAUUCCCGUUUUCUCCUGAUGCUGCUCCAGAAGGGCGAGCUUGAUGGCACGAGGGUUCUGCGGUCUGAAACCGUCGACUUGCUGAGAUCCAAUUUGCUUCCAAGAGCCACAGGACGAGAAGAUGUUUGGACGUUUGAUUCUCCUGGCGUUGGCCUUGGUCUACUUGGAUCUGUUUCUGUGGGUCACCCAGACCUUGAUGAGGCCCUGCGACCAGGUGAAUAUGGUUGGGGCGGAAUGGCUGGUACAGCUUGGACGAAUGAUCCGCAUGAGGAUUUCAUGCUCCUGAGCUUUUCUCUAGUGGCUUUCGACCUCUCGACGGAAGAGGUUCUGAGGGCUGGUGUGCGAAAAUCAAUUGCAGACUUCAGGAAAUGCCAGGAAUCAAAAGGCGUAGGAUUUGCCACGCUUGGCAGGCUGCACCACUUCCCCAAGGGACUGCAAACGUGCUGGGCUGCUGAUGAGGUGAUUCCAUGUACAGUACAAGCCUGAAGUGCUUGACCAUGGGCAAUCAUGACCUGAGUUAAUUCAAUUCCGUGAAUUGCACGAAUUUGGGUACAAAAGUCAUUCAAAAAUACUCAAAACGUGCGGAGGCCAUUACUUAUUACUGCACCUGGCUUACAAUGACGUAGGCCUAGGGAGACAACG